AUGUUUCUCUUUGUGGCACUGACUGUCCUCAAUGUAGGCCUGUAUGCCAAUCCGGCCUUGAAUAAUGCAGUGACUUAUGAGGAUGUGCAUGUGAACUUCACUCAGGACGAGUGGGCUCUGUUGGAUCCUUCCCAGAAGAAGCUCUAUAAAGAUGUCAUGAUGGAGACCUACAGGAACCUCAAUGUUAUAGGCUUUAAUUUGGAAGAACAAAAUAGUGAAGAACAUUGGCAAAAAUCUAGAAGAUAUGGAAGGCAUGAAAGAAGUCAGAGUGCAGAGAAACCCUCUGAAUACACUCAGUGUGGUAAAGCCUCUGCUUUACAUGCUGACAGUCAUGCUCAGAGGCAUGAAAGGAUUCAUACAGAAAAGAAACCCCAUGGAGUUAUUCAAUAUGUUGAAGCCUUUGCACAUUACUCAAGUCUCCAAGUUUGUAAAAGAGCACAAACUGGAAAGACAUUCUAUGAAGGGAAUCAAUGUGGUAAAGCAGUUGUAGAGCACAAUAAUCUUAACAGUCAUGGAAAAAUUUAUACUGGAGAGAAACACUAUGAAUGUAAUCAAUGUGGUAAAGCAUUUGUACAGCACAAUCAUCUUAAAAGGCAUGAAAGAAUUCAUACUGGAGAGAAACACUAUGAAUGUAAUCAAUGUGGUAAAGCAUUUGUACAGCACAAUCAUCUUAAAAGUCACGAAAGAAUUCGUACUGGAGAGAAACCCUAUGAAUGUAAUCAAUGUGGUAAAUCAUUUAAACAGCACAUUCAUCUCCUACAACAUAAAAGAACACAUACUAGAGAGAAAGGCUAUGAAUGUAAUCAGUGUGAUAAAGCCUUUUCACAAUGUAGUCAUCUUAAAAGGCAUGGACGAAUUCAUACUGGAGAGAAACCCUACAAAUGUAAUCAAUGUGAUAAAGCCUUUAUAAAUUUCAGUCAUCUGAGAAGGCACCAAAAAAUUCAUCUUGGAGAGCAACCCUACAAAUGUGAUCAAUGUGAUAAAGCCUUUUCACAACAUCAUAGUUUCCAAAUAAAUAAAAGAAUACAUACUGGAGAGAAACCCUUCAAAUGUAAUGAAUGUGAUAAAGCCUUU